UUGUGUGUUGUUGUUGUUGUUGUGUAUUGUUGUUGUGUGUUGUUGCUGUGUGUUGUUGUGUGUUGCUGUUGUGUGUUGUGUGUGGCUGGGGUUGUUGUCAUGAGGAUCAUGUGAUCAGCUGACUCUCUCCAGACUCAGUCAGAUGUUUCUUCAGUCUCCACUCGUCUCUCGGUGAGUCUGUAGCUCUUCUCUCCUCUCUACAUUCUCUGGAGCUUUUCUCCAUUCAAUCAGAUUCAUUUUAUUCAUUUAAGACUAUUAUUAAUAAAGACUAUUCUGUUACAUGAUCCUAACUUUGAUUAGAUUAAUUAAACUUUGAUGAGAUUAAUUAAACUUUGAUGAGAAUAAUUAAACUUUGAUUAGAUUAAUUAAAAUUUGAUUAGAUUAAUUAAACUUUGAUUAAAUCUGAGUAGAUUGAUGGUGCCUGGACUGGAGCAGCUCUCAGUGUUCCUUCUGUUUAAACCAGUGAAUGAUCUGGUUUAACCUGAUCUGGUUUAACCUGAUCUGGUUUAACCUGAUCUGGUUUAAUCUGAUUUAAUCUGAUCUGGUUUCACCUGUUCUGGUUUAGUCUGGUUUCAUCUGAUCUAGUUUAAUCUGAUGUGGUUUAAUCUGAUUUAAUCUGAUCUGGUUUAAUCUGGUUUAACCUGUUCUGGUUUAGUCUGGUUUCAUCUGAUCUAGUUUCAUCUGAUCUGGUUUAAUCUGAUUUAAUCUGAUCUGGUUUAAUCUGGUUUAACCUGUUCUGGUUUAGUCUGGUUUCAUCUGAUCUGGUUUAAUCUGAUUUAAUCUGAUCUGGUUUAAUCUGGUUUAACCUGUUCUGGUUUAGUCUGGUUUCAUCUGAUCUGGUUUCAUCUGAUCUGGUUUAAUCUGAUCUGAUUUAAUCUGAUCUGAUUUAAUCUGGUUUCAUUUGAUCUGGUUUAAUCUGAUCUGGUUUAAUCUGAUCUGAUUUAAUCUGGUUUCAUUUGAUCUGGUUUAAGCUGUUCUGAUUGGAUAAGAUGAAAGGUCGGGCGUUCAUAGAGGAAGGCUGGAUGUCAGCUCGUCUCUCUGCUGAAGUGAACUUCAGAAAAUCAUUUAAAUGAACAGAAACUGUUUUUAGGUGUUAGGGGCUUUUAUUGUGAAGGGUCAAAGGUCAUUGAUUUUAAUACUGUAAAGUUUUAAAUGUUGAUUAAAACGUGGAAGAGAGAGAAUCAGAGAUGGAUCAUCAGGGCGUGGCAACAGAGCAGCAACACAACUCCAUCAGAAUCUAACUACAGCCACAACCAUGGAAAUGUUUGAGGCUCCUGUACGGUGGCCCUGAAGGUCAACUGUAAACAAACAAUGUCACUAAAUGCAAAAAUAUUUCAUCCAACAUAAAAAUGGUAUAAAGAUAACAACACCACCAAAAGGAUUGAGCUGUGAGAAUAUGUUCUUAUUUUUAACAAAUAACCAACGCCUGCUUUAUUUACCCUGUUAGAGGAAAAAUUAAAUCAUGACAUUUCCAGGCUGUGAGGAACUCCUCCAGCCUCAUUAACCCUGUUAUAGUACAAACAAUAUUGUGAUCAUAUUCAAUAAUAUUUUGAUAAAAUUUCAUAUUUUUGAAAAUGUUGAAUAAAAUUUCGACAAAAUUUGAUAAUAUUUUGAUACUAUUUAAUAAUAUUUUGAAACUAUUUAAUGAUAUUUGAUCAUAUUUUAUAAUUUCUUGAUAAUAAUUAACAAUAAUUUGAUAAUAUUUAGUAAACUUUUGAUAAUAAUGAAAUUUUAUAAUAUUUUUUAUAAUUUCAGCACCAUGGAGCGUAAGCUGGAUCUGACUCGUCUGACUGAUGAGGAGGCCAAACACGUGUGGGAGGUGAUUCAGCGAGAUUUUAACCUCCGCAAGAAAGAAGAGGAGCGACUGAGCGAGCUGAAGACUCGUAUCAAGAAGGAGGAUACGAAGCGUGAGCUGCUGGGCGUCCAGACCCAUCUGUCUGAGUCUCACUGUAUCCGCUGCCUGCAGCCCUUUAAGUUCCUCCUGAACAGCAGGAGGCAGUGUUUGGACUGCCACAUGUACACCUGUAAGGCCUGCAGCCGCUACAACAAGAAGGAGCACGGCUGGGUGUGUGACAACUGCCGCAUGACCAGGGUAUUGAAGAUCGGUACGUCGGGCUGGUACCAUGACAACAUGAGGACCCGCUUCAAACGCUUCGGUAGCGCCAAAGUGAUGAGAUCACUGUACAAGAGGCUGAACGGAGACGGUGGGCGUGACGAUGACACACAGAGCAUGCCUGACAUGCGUAACUACAUGUAUAACGGUACGGAGGACGACCCCACAGAGGCCGAGGCUCAGCGCUACAAAGUGAUGAGGAAGAGUAAACGUCUGCUGUCUGUUCAUCCUCUCGACUUCGACCCUGAAGAAUAUUUUCCUAACUCACGACGUCAGUCUGUUCAGCAGCAGAUGCAGGAUGAUCGCUUCUACAGGAACGACAUGGAGGACCACCGAGUCAACCGCCGUAAGAGCCUGGACCGAUACAACAUGAGACCUGAUGAUGGCGGUGACAGCAGGAUGGUUCGUACGCGCUCUCUAUCUAAGAUCAGCUCCUCGGUUGCUCGGCAACAGUAUGUUGACACCUCAGACGAGGACGAAUACCCUCGUUACCAACAACCGCCAUACCGCCGCAAAAACAGCAGAACGUCAUCACAGGAGAACAUUGGACAGCCCCAGCCGAUGAAUGAGCUGAACAAACGAAUGUUCGCCAUUGAGAAUCUGCUGAGUCGUCUGGAGGAGAAGAUGACACCAGCAGAUGAGAGCCCCGCCCCCUCAGGUCCCAACGAGGAGGCGAAACUGAGGAGGAAGUUGAGCGAGCUGGCGGGGAACCUGAGCGAUAAGGGUGGGCUUUCGUCAGACGAUGACGCCUAUAAGAGGGCGCCAUCUGUUGGGCGAGGGGCAGCGGGGCUGAGGGCGGUCCCGGGGGUCUCAGUGAAGGGCAAGGAGCUGAGCUCAUCCAGUGAUGAGGCGCCCACUGAGGCUCAGAAGAGAUCAACGGCUGCCGCCCUCUGUGACCUCACCACGGAGGUCCUGAGGACCAUAAACGCCACAGAGAACGCCAUGCUGGAGUACGGCCAAUCAGAGCCGCCGCUCAGAGCCCCGUUAGCAAACGCGGACGUUAAGCAGGCAGACGAUGCGUUCAGGGAACUUGAGGAAAAUGUGUACAUGGCGGCGGGUCAGUCGUUUGAGCUUGAGUCAAAGUUGCGCCGCCUGGAGCAGAGUGCGAAGAAUCGUUUUGGAGGGACCACGGACUCGGAGCUGUCGGAGCUGGAGGAUGUGGUGGCGUUGACCGCUGCCAGAGUCCAGAGUGCGGAGAGUGAGGUGUCAGACAUCGAGACAAAGAUCGCUGCCCUGAAGGCUGCUGGGUCAAAGAAAAGGGUUUCUGGAUCUCAUCAGAAGAAGAAAUCUCCACAGGAUGUGUCCAAGUCGACCAACGGAGCUCAGUGGAAAUCCACCAACAUGUUCUGAACAUCCUGGAUCAUGAUUAACAUGAUUAUCAUUUAUUGAUCUCACUCUUCUUCAUGUGCUUCCUGUCUGCAUUAACAGUCUGUCUGAAGCUACACUGUAAAAACUAACCCAGUAUUUAAAUCAGACCCUGAUCUAGAACCAGGAUAGACCACAGACCACGGUUCUAUAGUCUGGAAACGCUUACAUUGGACCCUUUAGACCGUGAGACCACACAGAGACCAGAUCUCAGAGAGACUCCCUGGAUCAAAGAGAAUCCAAACAAAGAUGGAAGACGGAGGAUGUCCUCUAAAACUGAAACCAGUCUGCCAGCUGAUAACAUCACAGCUGAUUGGUUAGACUUUCACGUCUGCCCCUCUCAUUGGCCACAUCAUUGAUGGGAGACUCUGACAGCCAAUCAGGAGUCAGUUAAAUCAAACAUGUCUGACAUCAUUGAUGGGAGACUCUGACAGCCAAUCAGGAGUCAGCAUUUCAAUCAUCAGGUUCUGAUUUUCUGUCUCUGAAUUUUUAAAUUUGCUUUAAAUUCCUUUUCAUCCUUUUAAAUAAUCAAUAAUUUCCUGUUUGUUAAUCAAUCCUUAAUAAUCAAUAGAGUGGAAUGAUCAUAGAACAAUCCAGAAGAGAGAAUUUAAAUACAUGGAUCAUUAUUGAUUAUGACUUCCUGUCUCUGUGUUCUUUAUUUCUGAUCACUUCUGUCACAAUCAAUAAAGGUAUUGAUUCAAACCAA